ACUCUCCACAGGAGCUUCGGAGCAGCUAACGUCAAACAACUUCAGUUACACCGCUUGCUGGUGGCAUUUCUCCUGGAAACAGUGAAUGUGGACUUAUAAAGCUGAGAUCAGUGCUCACGUGUUAAACUCAUCUUCCAGCCCAGACAUCCGGCCAGUAUGUCCAGUGAUCCUCCCCCUCCGUACCCCGGAGGUCCCAGUGCCCCCCUCAUUGAGGAGAAGAAUGGACAACCUGGUAAUAUCGCCAGAAAUGCUGGACUGUGAAAAUGUAAGAACAGCUGCUUCACAAGGACAGCUGCUACCUCCAGACUAUGGUCCUCCACCAUAUGAGGCACCACAGCCAGGUUUCUUACCCCCACAUGUCCCAGGAGAAGGACCCAUGCCUAUGCCAAUGCCUAUGCCUCCACUAACACAAGGCGGUCCCUACCCACCUCCUCCUGGUCACUAUGCUUACUCAAUGCCAGGACAGAUGGGUCCUGGUCCCAGUCACUUUGUUCACAUGGGAGGUCACACAGCGACCGUCCUGGCUCCUCCAGGUGCAGCCACCACUGUGACAGUACUGCAGGGAGAAAUGUUCCAGACCUCACCAGUGCAGACUGUGUGUCCACACUGCCAGCAGGCAAUUGUCACCCGGAUCUCCCACGAUGUUGGCCUCAUGAACACACUUUUCUGUCUCUUCUGCUUUUUUGUAGGAUGUGAUCUCGGCUGCUGCUUGAUUCCCUGCCUGAUUGAUGACCUCAAGGAUGUGACACACACCUGCCCUAACUGCAAGGGCUACAUUUACACAUACAAGCGUAUAUGCUAACCACCGACAGCUGUAUGCCACAGAGCCAUGUACAUGCACAGACAAAUGAAAUCAUAGCUCCUCCUGCUGAUAGUGACAGCCCACCCCCAAUUUUUACAUAGUGUUGUGUAGCCCUCUUACAUUGUUAGUGCAGUUUUCUCAUUAGCUCACAGAAUAUUUACUGUAUAUAUAUUUCCAUAAUCUUCUUAAAUGUAUAAAUAUGGAUUUGGAAUGUAAAAAUCUGACUGAACUGCAGAGAAUGAAGGUUACAAAGAGUUCCAGAGGUGGACAAGCUGCAGGCAAACAUAUUGUCUGCAAGUAUGCAUGUGAAUUU